UAAAAAUAGAGAGGAAAAGGGAAAGGCUUUGAGCAAUUCCUUUCUUCCAAUGCAUCCAAAGCACCACUACCACUACUAAUCCUCCUCAAGCCGUAAAACCUUUAGUAGUUAGCUUUCAGAGAGAUCUUUGCUUUUGCGUUGAGAAAGGAAGCAUAAAAAGCUUUGCUUUCUCAUUCGUCAAAUUCGAUUACGCAACCUCAGCGAUGCGCGAAGUAGAAACACCAUCACCACAAUUCUCCGCCAUGUUUCAGAAACUAGCGAUGGCCGUCAAAGCCAAGACCUACGAGUUCUUCACCGAAGACGACGACGACGAGGGUGGUUUCUCCUCCACCGAAGACUUCAUCCCCGAUCAGAAAGUCGUCGUCCUCAAACCCGACUCCAAGUCCGAGACUUUACUCAAACCCAGCCACCCUCGGGUCAGGAGACUCGAUACCCAGAUCGGAUUCAACCUGAUCUCUUCCGUCUUCGCCACCGUCUCCUCUUUCGAAGCUUCCUAUCUCCAGCUGCAAGCCGCGCACGCGCCGUUCCUCGAGGAGAGCGUGAAGGCCGCCGAUCGAGCUCUGGUCUCUAACCUCCAGAAACUCUCCGAUCUCAAGCGGUUUUAUCGAAACCAUCGCCAAAGUUUGGAUCUUGGCGGCUCUGAUUUAGCGGUUGGGUCUCCCUUGGAAUCUAGGGUUCAGGAGAAUCAGAGCAAGCUCAGAGCUUUGGGGACUGUUUCUAAUCGGUUACAAGGCGAGAUGGACGGUAAGGAUUCAAAGGUUUUGACUCUGAGGAGCAAGCUGAGCGAGAUUCAAAAGUCUAACUCGAAGCUGUCCAAGAGAUUGUCCGCGUUGGAGAGUGGUGGUGGUGUUGUGUUGUCGGUUAGGGUUUACGAGUCUAUGCUGCGCGAUGCGUUUAGAGACGUGAAGGGGUUUACUAGGGUUUUGAUUGGGUUGAUGGAGAAGGCCGGGUGGGAUUUGGAUUUGGCUGCUGGUUAUGUUCAUCCCGAGGUGGUGGAGUACGCUAAGAAGGGGCAUAGUAGGUAUGCUUUGUUGUCUUAUGUUUGCUUGGGGAUGUUUCGCGGUUUCGAUGGAGAAGGGUUUGAUCUUGACGAUGGAGAAGAAGAAUGCGAGAGUUCUUCUUCUUCUCCGUUGAGGGAGUUGAUGCAGCAUGUGUCUAGCAAUCCCAUGGAGCUUCUCGAGAGAGAUAAAGAGUGUGGAUUCUCCAGGUUUUGCGAUAAGAAGUACCACGAGCUUAUUCAUCCCAACAUGGAGUCUUCUAUAUUCAGCAAUAUGGACCAACAGACAGAAGCUGUGUUGAGUUCUUGGAGAUCUUUGAGUACUUUUUACGAGUCUUUUGUCGCGAUGGCUAGUUCGAUCUGGACGCUUCAUAAGCUGGCAUUGUCCUUUGAUCCUGCAGUUGAGAUUUUCCAAGUUGAAACCGGGGUUGAUUUUUCGAUUGUUUUCAUGGAGAAUGUGUUGAGAAGAAGAGAUGAUAAGAAGCUGUCGAUGAAUCCUCCUACUCGAGCCAAAGUUGGAUUCACGGUGGUUCCUGGGUUUAAAGUUGGCUGCACGGUGAUCCAGUCUCAAGUUUACCUUGCCGGCUUCAAAUGUAAAUGAAAGAGACCAAAACCAAUGGACUUGGCAGCUAAAAAGGAUAUAAGGUUUAAUUUUUCUUUUUUACGUUCUUACUUUUGUGAUUAACUGUGUUCUCUAAGUCUGGUUUGAGUUCUUGAUUUCGUUUAAUUGUAUAGAAAGCUGUGAUUACUAAGUUUGGAUUGCAAAAAGAAAAAGUAUUUCGUUA